AGGCGAUCUUGUUCCUCCUCCUCCUCCUCUUUCUCUUUCUCUUUCUCUCUCUCUUCUCUUCUCAUCUCUUCUCAUCUCCUCUCAAGCGACACUCUCCUCCUCCUCUUUAACAUCUCUCUCUCUCUCCCUCUCUCUCUCUCCCUCUCCCUCACUCUUCCACACCUCCACACACUCGCUACUCCUCCUCAACUCUGUCACUGUGACUCACAAUUCCACUUCCGAGCUCAUCCCCUCCCCCCUCCCUCCUUCGUCUCUCGCAAUCGCAUCGUGCCCAACACUUAACCGUGCACUAGAACAUCCCAUUCACUAUCCCCCCCCUCCCCUCACAUCCCUCCCGCCCCAACAUGUCUACUUCCGCCUCCUCCGCGUCCUCGAGCUCGAGCUCGCCUGGGACCUCCCCAGUCACCACCCACUCUGCACUCGACAGCGAGCCAGGUACUCCCUCGGGGCUCGGCCUCAAUGUCAAGCUCGACACCUUCGGUGGCCGUAUCCGCAGCGUCGACGGCCCUAGCCCAGCACCCUCCCUCAUUACUCUCCAUUCGAGCCUACCAGCCAGCCCAGACCCCACAACCCCAAGCACAGAGGAAGGCGAGCUCGAGUUCUCGCCAGACCCCGCCGAAGAUGCUCCCCAGAUGCGUCAGCGCAAGGUCCCCUCUCCAAACAUGGCCAUGACAACCCUCGCGAACGGCGCAGCCACUCAAACCCUCAAGAAGCCCCAGAAGAAAUUAAGCCGUCACAAGAGCCCCCUGCUGGACGCGCUCAAGUUGCCCCCGCUGAGCGAAAUCAGCAUUCCCAGGCCUGUACAGAUCAAGUUUGCGCCCCUUCACAUCCCUCCUCACCGGCGGUUGCAGACGUUUGCAAUCCUCACAUGGGCGAUUCUUAUGCCCCUCUGCCUUAUGCUGUACUUCUACUUCUUGUCCAUUCCCGGACUCUGGCCAGUUCUUGUGCCAUACACAAUCUGGGCGCUUGCAAUCGACAAGGCCCCUUUCAAGGGUGGGCGCCCAAAACGUUGGGCGCGUCGCUUCCCUCUGUGGAAGUACUUUUGCCAAUACUACCCAUGCAGCAUGAUCAAGGAGGCAGACUUGCCCGCCGACCGCACGUACGUCUUUGGCUAUCACCCGCACGGCAUCAUCAGCAUGGGCGCCGUCGCGACUUUUGCUACCGAGUACACCGGCUUCUCCGAAAACUACCCCGGUAUCAAGUCCCACCUGCUUACUCUUGACUCCAACUUUGGCAUUCCCUUCUACCGCGAGCUAUUGAUGUUCCAGGGCAUUUGCUCAGUGAGCAAGCGAAGCUGCAGAAACAUUCUUCGCAAGGGUCCCGGUAAUGCUAUCACGAUUGUCGUCGGCGGUGCCGCCGAGUCGCUCGCCGCGCACCCGGGAACGCAGGACUUGACACUCAAGAAGCGCUUUGGUUUUAUCAAGGUCGCGAUUCGUGAGGGCGCGCAGCUAGUUCCGGUUUUUUCCUUUGGCGAGAACGACGUAUGUCACGCUGCGCCGCGAGUCGACUGUCCAAGCUAAUCUCCACAGAUCUACGAGCAGCUCUCGAACGAGAAGGGUACGACUGUGUGGAAGCUGCAGAAGGGUUUUCAGAAGAUCUUUGGGUUUACACUUCCACUCUUCCACGGCCGCGGCAUCUUCAACUACAGCUUGGGUCUGAU